ACCCGGGCCUUCGGGAAAAGGGAGGCUGGAGUGAAUUGGAUUCACUGCCCUCGCAGGGGUCCAGAUCCCUGGAAAGAGGAUGGAGACUUCUCCGGAGGCUGAAGAGCCUCCCAACUUCUUGCAGUUCACUGACUUGGCAUCUGAAAAUGUAGGAGGAAAGGUUUUAUUUGCCACGGAUGACUUUUUUGCUCCUGCAGAAAACCUUUUGAAGAGUCGGAGUCCAGAAUUUAAAGCUGAUGAAUUUACUGAGUUUGGAAAAUGGAUGGACGGGUGGGAGACCAGGAGGAAAAGGAUGCCAGGUGUCCUUUUCCCGGCAGGCCACGAUUGGUGUCUCAUCCAGCUGGGAAUCCCUGGGAUCAUCCACGGUUUCGAAGCCGACACCGAUUUCUUCACGGGAAACUACGCUCCUCGCUUCUCGGUUCAGGCGGCUUGUUUGCAACAAGAGGAAAUUCCUGAAAUAGCCCCAAGAGGGAUCAAGAUCGGAACAGCAGCUACAAAUGAGGAAUUGGAAAGCAUCAAUAAGCUGAAGUCGGACAACUGGAGCGUUUUGGUCCCCAUGGCAAAACUCAAACCUGGAUAUGUUGGCAAGAGUCAUAAUUAUUUCGCCGUGAGUUCUCAGCGGAGAUGGACUCACAUAAGACUUAACAUCUAUCCAGAUGGCGGGAUAGCACGUUUUAAAGUAUACGGUUUUGGGCAGAGAGAUUGGUCCACUGUGGAGCCGAAUGAAUUAUAUGAUUUAGUAGCGAUGGAGAAUGGAGGAGUCUGCGUUGGAUUUAGCAAUGCUCAUUUUGGCCACCCGAAGAAUAUUAUAGGAGUUGGGAGGUCCAAAUCCAUGGCAGAUGGAUGGGAGACAGCGAGAAGACUGGACAGGCCACCGAUAUUGCAAAGAGAUGGCAAGGGUGCCCUUCUGAUGCCCGGUAGCGAAUGGGCCAUUUUUCGACUGGCACAUCCCGGUGUAAUAACUCAAAUAGAAAUCGACACAAAUCAUUUUAAAGGGAAUUUUCCAGACACCUGCAGACUAGAUGGCGGCGUCCUGAGCGCCCAGGAGGAAGAAGAUGGAGUUGUACGGAAGUGGGAAGUGAAGCAAGAUCUGAACUGGCAGCCUCUGCUUUCCGUUACCAAACUUUCGGCCCACAAGCGGCAUUUCUUCGACGGCAGGAGCCUCCGCCUGCGGGAUGUCAUCACGCACGUGAAACUCACCAUCGCUCCGGAUGGAGGAGUGAGUCGACUGCGGCUCUGGGGUUUCGCCCAAUCUGUCCUGUCGGCCGACCACUGAAACGGUGGCCUUUUCUUAAGCCGUUAAU